AUGAAAACAUCAAUUUUGAUCUUCUCGCCUAAGGGUGAUACAGAGCUGAUCCUCCGCCGUCCCAACUUUCAGAAUCGCAAUGAGCCUAAGGAUAAGAGCACAGCAAGUGAGACUGGACCCCAGAAUGAAGUCGUGAAGUUGAACGAUAUCAAAACUGAGGAAGACCAGCCCAAGGAAGAUCAACCGCUGGAUCCUGAUGUGUAUUCCGACCGCUCUUCUUCGGUACACAAGACCGAAGACCUGAAAGCCCUCAUGGCCUCUGCCGAAAAAGGUCAUUCUGUUGAGAUCCGUCUUCGGGUCUCAUCGGCACACCUAAUACUGUCAUCUCCUGUGUUCAAAGCUAUGCUUGACGGCCCUUUUAGCGAAGGUAUUCGCACAAAGACAAUCUCUUUGAGGAUUUUAGCGAUGCUUUGA